GACUUAUUUAACAUUGUAUUUUCCACAGUUAGUUUGAAGGAUCGUUAUACUUGCAGUUAAUAACGUCUGUAUUAGCCUAUUUUUGGAAUAUAGCCUACUUUAUAAGAGAGAUUGUGUGAUUUGUCGCCUAGAGAAGAUUUGUAGCAGAUGUUUUAACGUUGCUCAUCAUAGAUAAUUUGUCGUUGUUGACUACAGAGAAUACUUCAUUGUGGUGUAAAACCUCGGUGUAGCACCUGUUCAGGUGAAAAGGAUUAUACCUGGCACUGGAAGAUCAUAUACAAGAUGUUUUCUGGUUGAGAUUUGAUGGAGGAAUCCUGAUGGAAUUAUGGCAAAUAUCUUCAAAAAGGCAUUCAAAGGUCGUCAUUUAAAUCCUAAUACCAAUGAAUGUAAACGUUCUCGGAGUCCACAACCUCCACCAUCACCAGAUCUCACGGGACUUAGUUCAGGUGAACUUGCUGCACUUAAUGAUGUCAUCAAGCGACAAGAAGAAUUCGAAAAUAAAGAGAAAAACAGAAUAGAACAAAUCAAAGAACAAUUGAGAGUAUACGAAUGUCAAGUGAAAAGACAAAGCAGCACAAAGGGCAAACUAAAGCAUAUAGACCUUAGACUAUGCAGGUUGUGUUAUAAAACCAAGUUUGCUGAUGGUAUUGGCCGUGUUUGUUAUGACUGUAGGAAAAGAGUAUGUCAGAGAUGUGGAUCGUAUGUUAGAGACCCAUAUAAUCAUAAGUCUAACAAGAGAGGCCGAGGCAGAUGGCAAUGUAACAUGUGUCUACUAAAACGAGAACUACUGUGUAAGACAGGGGAAUGGUAUCACGGACAUAAAGCUCAACCAAGUUUAAACAAACAGGCCUUUACUGAAAAAUUAGAUACUAUAGAUGUUGAUUCUUCGGAUAUUGAGAAUAAACAACAGUUAUCGUGUACAAAUAAAAAGAAAGGCGUGCAAUUCGGAACGAGUGAGAUCAAGUGUGGAAAUAGGGAGUUCUCAAGAAAACAGACGUGUUCGUCAGCCUCGGAAUCUGCGUCAGAAACAGCUACUGAUACAGAGGUUUUAUGUAACAGAACAAACCACAAAAACGUCAGUCAGCAAAUACCAAGAAGGCGUAGUAUGUUUGCAAGUACAACAAUCGAAGUGAGCGAGUUUGAAAGUGAUAACGGUGAACAUUAUGAAAGACGCCCUAGAAGAAGCUCAAGGCGUCAUACAAGUAGAUCUGAUGUAAAAAAGAAACGUCAUAAGAUGCAAUGGCAGGAUAAUUCAGAUUCAAAUUCAGAAAAUCAAACUGAUGAAGAGAUGGACUACAUUUCUAACAACCAUUUAAAUGUCCCACGUGAAAUAAAGAGCAGCAGACGACGAAAAGGUUCAGAGAAAAGAAAACAAUAUUUAAGUGCCGAUAAAAACAACGCAAAUUUGAAUCGUGUGAAAGACAAAUGUGUGCAUAAUUUUAAGGGCAAAGCCAGUGCAAAUUCUAAAAAUCUAACACUGAGCAUUGACGAUAUUGAUGAUAAAUGUAGACGUUCAUCCAACGAAUCCGUCCAUUCGUCAAAUAAUGGAGGUGUUUGUGUAUUCUUCCAUCCAUAUGACUCUUUAUCGGAGGGUCAAAUUUCAAAAAGUACCACCAGUUCGUCACAAAUACAUCGGCAAGAUGCAGUAUGCUUUAGUAGUUCUUCCAGUAUCUUAUCAGAAAACAUGUUAACAAACCGUAUACGUCGUCAGUCAUUAUCACCGGCACCAUCACCAUCAAACAGUAGAAAAUAUAAAAGUGAAACUCGUCGUCAAUCAUUAUCACCAGCACCAUCUCCAUUAAACAACAGAAAAUAUAAAAGUGAAACACCCCGCCAGAGGUCGAGAGCUUCAUCUGCAGAUUAUCUUGAAUAUGAUAACAACUCUGAACAAAAAAAUCAACUUCAGGUUGAUGCAGCAGAGAGUAAUAGCAGACGUUGCUCAGAUGAAUCAAUACGAUCUAGGCGGUCGACACAAUCAGAUGCGAGUCAGUAUUAUAGAGAUUAUUUCAAUAAUUUGAAGCCAAGAGAAGUAUUACUGUACAGAGAUAGCGUGCCUUACAGUCCACGACAUCACGGACUUGGCAUGCGUGUGAUAGGAGGGAAACGUGGUCCUGAUGGUGGACUUGGUGCUUAUGUUACAUAUGUAGAGAAAAAAGGCCCAGCAGAUUCAUACGACAUUGUUGAAGGUGACCAAAUAUUAUUCUGGAAUGGCAAAUCUCUCAUUGAUGUAUCUUUUGAAGAAUCUCGGGAUAUCAUGAGUCAAAGUACUGACUUCGUGCAGUUGCUUGUAGUACAUUUUCCUGAAAGAAAAGAAGACGAUUUUUAUAGAAGAAAUAGAACAGUCUCAAAACCAAUUUGGGCUAUAGAAAGCAACGGAAACAAUUCAUCAGUCGAUAUACCUGUGGUUGUAUCAUCUCAAAUGACAAAGUCCAAUUCGCCCGUCCUUGAACCACCAAAGACGCUUCCAUUACAAAAGCCUAAAAGGCGGAUGCUGCCUAAAACACCGCUAGAGAUUAAGAAAGAAGACCGACCAGUCACUGGCAAGCUUCAGUUCAGUUUAGGUUAUAAUGAAGAAGAUGAAUGCUUGUCUGUCAAUCUCGUUAGCGCAGAAACUCUUAAACCUCCUGAUCGAUUGUCUGUGGCGGACAUGAAUCCAAUUGCAAUGGUACAUAUCUUGCCCGAUAGGAGCUUGUUUCCACCAUAUGAAACGAUACCACAGUUUAAUGUUAAUUCACCUAUUUGGGAAGAAACUUUUAAUCUCCUUGACCUGUCGAAGACAGAGCUGGAAGAAAAAUCAUUAGAAGUAACGAUUUGGAACUAUCUCGGACAUGAAUAUGAAUUUUUGGGCGAAGUUCUCCUUGAUUUGGCAGAUUCUAAGCUUGAUAAUGAAGUGGUGACAUAUGAUCUGCAGGAUCAUGACGAAAAUAGUUCACCAUUACCUGUCCGACGACGGAGGGAGUCGGGGUCAGAUAUUACUGCUAGUAGUUUUGUAAGCCCAGUAGAUACCUCAAGUAUGACAUCAAGUCCUUGUAAUUUCGGAUCACCGUCGCAAAGCAGGGAUAUGUUACACCAUACGGAUGGUAAAUCAGAUUCAAAGAAAACACCGAAAAGAAAAUCUAGUCCUGGACUUGAAAAGUUACACAGAGUGUAUCAAUCUGUUCCAUCGUCACCAACGAUAUCUCCGGACACUAAUAAAGAUGUCGGCUUUUACGAACAACUAACUCAUAGAGGUAGUAUUUCCAGUAAAAUGAGAAGAAGAGUUUCAAGCGCAAUGGCAAAGAUUUCUUCAUUCUCUCAUCCUGAGCGACGAAAUAGCCGAGAAACAGAAAAAGAAGCACUAGCGAAUAGAAGUAAGAGUGCUGGUGACGUCAUAUUUCAAAUCACCAAUACACCUUCACCACGACAUUCCAUACAAAACACUAUUGCAUCAUGUGCCACAAGUUUAAGCAGUUUCUAUGACAAUGAUAGUGACGGAGAUGAUGACAAACAUCUAAGUAAAAGUGAUAGAUUGUUAUCGGUUGAUCGACCACCACCAGAGGGAGAUGAUAUAACGUCUAGUUUGGGAUCAUCACAAAUUCCUCCAAAGCCAUCUAGUGAACAAUCAGUUUGUGGUAAUAUACGCUUGGGAUUUAUGGUUUCUAAAGGUCAAUUGGAAAUAGACGUUAUACAUGUUUCAGGGCUCCAGAAUGGGAACGAAUCACCACCACCAGACACAUAUGUAAAAACAUACUUAGUUGAAGGGCUGAAGACAAUUCAGAAAAAGAAAACACAGGUUAUUAAAGCGUCAUUUGAGCCAAUGUUUAGAAAGAAAAUAAAGUAUUCUGCUUGCAACAUUCAUGGAAGGAGUAUAAAGAUCAUCGUAUGGGCCAGACAAAAAACUUUUGACAAGAAAUUAAGUCUUGGGGAGGCUAUUAUCAAGCUUGAUGGACUAAACCUGAGUGAACAUACUGUGUCGUGGUACAAACUCUUCCAAACUGGUGCAGCAGAUUAUGGAUCUAAUGAAUCGCUCUCAUUCUGGUGAAAGGUAGCAAAGGAUGCAUUACACGAUGGAAAUGAGAGCUGUGAAAACAAUCAAAACUUUGAAUGACGAAGGCUGAUAAAAUGGAUAAGGAUAAAGAGAAUAAACGCCUCUUAGUACGAUGUUCCGUGUUCUUCGAUUAAUUAAUAAAUAUGGAUAAGACACUAACCUUGUAAUGGUGGAUUGAAUGUUAAACAUUUGUCAACUAACACUGUAAUGAAAUUAGAAUGAGACAAUUGCCGAAUGUUUACAUAUACGAGUGUUGAAAAGAAGGUGCUAUGAAGGACAAAUGUUUUCUGUUUGAUUGAGGUUAAAUCAGAGCUGGCCUCUGUGUGACAAUAAUGGUGCAUAUGUACAAAGAUCUUUCAACAUUAUUGAUUGCCUUUGUUAUGCGUAAGAAGAUGAAUCUUAUAGGAAAAAGUUAUUUGUCUAUUUAUUAUAUUUGUGAAUGGAAAUGUAUAUGGAGAUAAUGAGACUGUCGAUGAUAGAGCAACCUGAUUAGAAAACAAUCAAAGGACAUCUUAUAUCGCGUAUAUUGAUUAUUAAAGUAAGACAACGUGAACCAUUACAGGGUUUCUGAAUAUUAAUAACUUCAAUACGCUGCCAUUCAUUUCUAAUUGGUCAUAAUACGAAUUUGCGAAUAUUCAACAAACUUCAAUAUUUUGUUCUUCAACUGAAAACUGUACCAUAUGAUUUAACGAAAUAUUGUGCUUACGAUAUACACGUAUAUUAUUCUUUCAUUUCUUCUUCUAGUCUUCACUUAUAGAGUGAGACAAAGUUUAUGGUCACUGCUACAGUUAACUAUUGUAUCACAUUUGAAUAUUUGCAAAAUAAUAUAUACGAGUACGACAAUGAAAUAAAACACAUAUUGUUUAAUGUUUAUAUACUGCUCCGUUUGUUUCAUUGUACUAUAUAUUUUUUUUUAUAACAAAACCAAUCAUUUAAUUUGUACCCAAAUAAUCCAAUCAGAAUUAAGGCAAUGCCGGAGUACUGUUGAUAUGUGCUACACACAUGGAGUUUGGAUUUUGAUUAAAAAUUCGAAUUUGCUUUUUGCUUGGUUUGUUUAAAAAGUGGCAGAUUUUAUAAAGUUUAGUUGAUUUUUUUUUUAAAUAUUUAAUUUUAGAGUUAUCGGACUUUAAACUUUCAAAGUAAGCAAUUUUGUUUAUGUUUCAUAAUUAAUCGAGUAUGCUUCCACUUCAGUUACAUAGUAGUUUCAAAAUUAUGACUUUCGACUUUAAAUGUCAGUGGUUAUAUUUUUCAAAUAAUGACUUAACGAUCUCUUUUGUUUGUUCUUCAUCAAAUUUACCUUGAUAAUCAGAAUAGACAACAUUUGUUUAAUAUUUGGAGUGUCAUCAUAUUAUUGUAAGACUUAAAUAUGAAAUUUAAUUAGAGAUUAGAAUUAAAAUAUGCAUAAACAUUUUACCCUUACUUCUACAUUGUGUGAACUGGUUUUUAUAUGAAAAACUGUUCACCUUUUCCAUGUUCAAUUUUUUUCUCAGUUAAUUUGACCAUGAUUCCUAAAAACUCAUUUCUUAUGUAACUCUUUCUUACUUUUGUUUAUUUAAACUAUUUCGUAAAGGUAUUGUCCUAUAAACAGUCUCAAAUAACAAGAAAUGUGCAAAUAAAACAUUCAGGUCUACCUUUUUUUCAGGUAGAAAUGUUGCUAUUGAUAAAAUUUAACCAUUGAAAAACACUCAUAAUGACAGGGUCAAACUGGAUUCGUGAAAACAAUCAACAACAGAAUAGUGCUAAAUGAUGAUUUUUUUAUCAUUUCCCAAUUAAUUUGCACAAGAUAAGUCAAGAUACCCUUCUAAUUAAGAUAGAAAUGACAAAUUGAAUUGUUAU